AUGGUUCUCAGCAGAAAUGGAAACUUCACAGAGGACUAUGAACAGUUCACAGAGGACUAUGAACAGUUCACAGAGGACUAUGAACAGUUCACAGAGGACUAUGAACAGUUCACAGAGGACUAUGAACAGUUCACAGAGGACUAUGAACAGUUCACAGAGGACUAUGAACAGUUCACAGAGGACUAUGAACAGUUCACAGAGGACUAUGAACAGUUCACAGAGGUCUAUGAACAGUUCACAGAGGACUAUGAACAGUUCACAGAGGACUAUGAACAGUUCACAGAGGACUAUGAACAGUUCACAGAGGACUAUGAACAGCCUCUGCUGCUCCCUACAGGCCGUCUGUAUUUACACCAGGCCUCUGCUGCUCCCUACAGGCCGUCUGUAUUUACACCAGGCCUCUGCUGCUCCCUACAGGCCGUCUGUAUUUACACCAGGCCUCUGCUGCUCCCUACAGGCCGUCUGUAUUUACACCAGGCCUCUGCUGCUCCCUACAGGCCGUCUGUAUUUACACCAGGCCUCUGCUGCUCCCUACAGGCCGUCUGUAUUUACACCAGGCCUCUGCUGCUCCCUACAGGCCGUCUGUAUUUACACCAGGCCUCUGCUGCUCCCUACAGGCCGGCUGUAUUUACACCAGGCCUCUGCUGCUCCCUACAGGCCGGCUGUAUUUACACCAGGCCUCUGCUGCUCCCUACAGGCCGGCUGUAUUUACACCAGGCCUCUGCUGCUCCCUACAGGCCGUCUGUAUUUACACCAGGCCUCUGCUGCUCCCUACAGGCCGGCUGUGUUAUAGAGGCGGCUCUGUAA